AUGCUCCUGAUCAAACUCCAGUUCAUACAAGUUAGCCCGGUGCACGCGAUAGCGCUCCUGGGACUAGACGUCGAAAAAGUUUUUGAUCGCAUAGAGCACAAGGCCAUCCUCGAGGUCCUCUCCGAGCUGGGGUUGGGCGAGAGGCUUUUCAGCGUAGUCAAGGCGUUUCUCGGCGGUAGGCAAGCGAGCCUCACGCUAGGAGAACUAAAUUCGAAGGUGAUGAAUCUGGGAAACAGGGGCACCCCGCAGGGGGCCGUGCUCUCGCCCAUGUUAUUUAAUCUAGCAAUGACCAGAGUCGCGAGGAAACUGGAGCGUAUAGAAGGUAUACACUUUGCCAUAUACGCCGAUGACAUAACCAUAUGGAGCGCCAAAGGUAACGUAGGCCAAACGGAGACUAGACUGCAGGAGAGCAUAUACACCGUGGAAAGCACACUAGGCGAGAUGGGACUAAACUAUUCGGCGGCAAAAUUGGAGCUUUUGGUCCUAAAACAUCGAGGCAGGGGUCGAAGACCCAGGGGCUACGUCCCCGGGGAGGAACCCAAGAUUAUCUUACGCUGUCACGACGAAUCCGCGAUCAAGCAGGUCGAAAAGAUUAGAGUUUUAGGCUUCCACAUAGCAGCGGGAGGUACCAACCUCAAUGCCAUUCAACACAUUUCAAACAAAACGGACCAAGUCAUCAGGUUACUAAGGAGAAUCACCAACAGAUACAGGGGCCUGGGUGAGGACAGCGCUCUAAGGCUAUUGCACGCCUUCGCUCUCUGUCACUUCACCUACGUGGCAGGUCUACUCAAAUGGUCGCAGGCCGAGCUGAACAAGCUCAACACUAUGAUCAGGAAGUUAGUCAAGGCUACCCUAGGUAUACCCAACAGCACCUCGAACGUGAAGCUCAUGAACCUAGGCGUACACAAUACGAUAGAAGAGAUGGCGGAAGCGCAACAGAUGGCGCAGCAGGAAUAA